GUCCUGCCCAGCCCCAGCAGACUAGCCCGGGACGGACAGCCGACAGCCGACAGCCGACAGCCGACAGCCGACAGCCGACAGCCAGCUGGCGUCCGUUCCGAGGGCAGACGCUUACUGCGCCCACAGCCUAUCCAGACGGCCCCGGCCAGCCCCGACCCCGCAUCUCCUAGCACAGCACCGCCCCUUCACUCUGACCCUGAGGAAUCCAGACGGACAGGCGUCCCGCGUGCAGUAGGAGGACGGACAGAGCGUCCCUGCGCAGCCCCCGGUCCCAACCGCAGCCCUAAGUCGGCGCAGCCCGCCAUGGGCUGGCUCCUGCCCGUCGCCCUCGGUUGCAUCAGCCUCCUGAGCCUCCCGCUGCCGAGCGCGCAGUCCCGGCGCCUGGGACCUCACCCGCUGCUGGCCCGGCCCAGGGAGCCUCCAGACUGGCUGAACCCCCAAGACCUCGAGUCCCAGGCUGUGAAGAGCGUGAGGCCAGUGGUCCUCGUGACCCAGUCAAGGCCCCAUCUGGAGCCCCUUGUGGGGCCUCUCCCUCGACGGCCACACUCUCAUCGCCAUCUCCACGGAAGGCUUUGGGGCCGAAAGGGCAGGGCCAGGGGCAGGGGCCGGAGGCACACCCGGCGCCACGGUGCCAAGCUCAUGAGAGUCGGCUGUGUUCUAAGUACCUGCCAGGUGCAGAAUCUCAGCCAUCGCCUGAGGCAGCUCAUGGGACAGUCAGGGAGGCAGGACUCAGCCCCCAUGAACCCCAAGAGUCCCCACAGUUAUGGCUGAGCAGCCAGCCCUGCCCCUGCAGCCCCACCAAGGCCCCAGAGACCACCACAGGAAGCCUCCCCCUGGGUCCAAGUCCUGCUGUGUGACCCUGGAUGAGUCACUUUCCCCUCAGGUCAUGCAGACUGACACAGUUCACCUCAGUGGGGUAUGGGGAGGACGUGCUUUGGCAAUCUUAAAACCCGAGAGAAAUGGGAAUUUUUGUUAAUUGUUCUUUGUUAGUAGCACUGUCCAGAUUCCGCCCUGUGCCAGCCCAAGAUCUCCCCCACAUCGUCCUGUGAUUGGACACAGCUAUGGGGGCCUUAAAAGUCUUUGAGUUCAGCCCUCAUUUUAUAGAUGGGGAGACUGAGGCCCAAUCGCUAGACCUCUGACCCAGGCUCAGAUGCCCAGCGGCCCCUCACUCUGGGAAGAUACUCCUUGACUUGCCCUUGCCCUCGAAGACAGGACAGUUCCCUCCCGGUGAGGGGAGAUGCUGGGGUAUUGCCUUUGCUCCCCUAACCUUCAGGAGAUGUCCAGGACCUUCUCAUCUGAGAGGAAUCUAACCUUGGGUGAAAUAGCGAAAAAGGAGGCAAUCAGGGUCCCCCUAAACCCAGGGGGCUACCUUGGGGCAUGCCCAGGACCCCAACCCCAUCCCAGGAUUCGCCUGAGUCUAAGAAGAUGGCCAGGAAGCCCUUCAUCUCCCGGGAGGGAGCAAAAGGUGCCUGCACCUCCCAUGGACUUCUGGAGCCCAGUGGGUCUUUCAGUUGCUUGACCAACAUUCCCAGAUGCUUCUGGGUCCCUCUUGCCUCGUUGGGGAUGUGGUUGGAGCAUGGGACUCCUGGGAAUGCCUAAAUUAUUCUCUGUAGAUGUCUGCCUGCUCAACUAAAGCUACCUUUGUGCA